AUCAUCAUCAUUAUCAUAAUAUGAUCAAAAUGGGUAGCGUUAGCUUUAGCUUUUGGAUUUGGUGGAUUCUUGCUAUCACUCACAUGCUUCCUUCAAUGAUCCAAAUCAUUGAGGCUCGGAUACCAGAAUCCCCACUUCAAUGCAACCAAACACUCUGUACUCUUUACAACACCUACGGCAGAUGGGGUGACCGAAAAGAUUGUUAUGCCCUCAAUGCAAGCUACCCAACAACUGAAGAAGAGCUUCGUGCAGCCGUGUCCUAUGCGGUCAAGCACAAUCUAAAAGCCAAAGUGGUCACGAGAUUCUCACAUUCUAUGCCCAAGCUCGCCUGCCCUGACCAAGCUGUCCAAAGCAGUUUUGUUAUCAGCACAGAGCAUUAUAAUCUUCAAAUACAAAUCGACACUUCCAAUGCCGUUGUUACCGUUGAUGCCGGCGUCAGCCUUCGGCAGUUGAUUGAUGCAGUUGAAGUUGCUGGGUUCAGUUUGGUGGUCUCACCUUAUUGGGAAGCUCCUAAGGAGGCAGGUAUAACAAUUGGAGGACUUAUUAGCACAGGGGCACAUGGGAGUUCUUGGUGGGGAAAAGGUGGUUCUGUUCAUGACCAUGUGGUGGGGCUUAGCAUUGUUGUUCCUGCUUCUAAAUCUGAAGGGUACGCCAAGAUUUUGAGGUUGGACGAACAAAAUCCGUUGUUCAAUGCUGCCAAAGUAUCACUCGGUGUCUUAGGUGCUAUCUCCAAGGUAACAUUAAGAGUGGAACCAAGUUUCAAAAGAAGCAUAACCUACAAUUUCACGUCCGAUGUUGGUCUUGAAGAUUUGUACGUAGAUCAUGCAAAGAAAUAUGAGUUUGCAGACAUAACUUGGUAUCCAUCACAACACACUGCAAUUUAUAGAUACGAUUCGAGGGUUCCCUUAAAUACUUCUGGUAAUGCAGUCUUUGACUUCAUUGGAUUUCAAGAUAAUCCAACUUUGAUCCCCGAAGCAGUUAGAGCUUCAGAGACUUUGUUAGAAAGAACAAGAGACGCGCAUGGGAAAUGCUCAACAGCUGCAGCAACGUUAGCAUACAGAAAACUUACAGCAAAUGGUUUAAAGAACGAUGGCAUUCUUUUCACUGGCUAUCCAGUAAUCGGUUACCAAAGCAAAAUGCAAGCCUCAGGUUCAUGCUUGAACUCCCAAUCACUUCACACAUCAUGUCCUUGGGAUCCAAGAAUCAAAGGCUUGUUCUUCUUUGAGACCACUCCAAUCUUACCGGCUUCUCUUUUCCGCGACUUCGUCUUCGACGUGAAAAAGCUCAGAGACUUAAACCCCCAAUCUUUUUGUGGAGCCGACAACUAUAAUGGCAUUUUCUUACGUUAUAUCAAACGGUCGGAUGCAUAUCUAGGUCAAUCUGAAGACUCUAUAGUAAUUGAUUUCAAUUAUUAUAGAGCCAAAGACGCAUUAACUCCGCGAUUAAACCAAGAAAUUUGGGAAGAAUUGGAACAAAUGGCGUUUUUUAAAUAUGGAGCUAAGCCACAUUGGGGUAAGAAUAGGAACAUUGCAUUCUUGGGAGUGGAUAAGAAGUUCCCAAAUUACAACAAGUUUAUUGAAGCAAAACAACAAUUGGAUCCACAAAAUGUGUUUUCUAGUAAUUGGUCUGAUGAAAUAUUGUUUGGGAAGGAAUUAGAGAAGAGUGAUGGAUGUGCUCUUGAAGGGUUAUGCAUAUGUAGUGAACACAGACAUUGUAGCCCACAAAACAAUUAUUAUUGUAGCCAAGGACUUGUCUAUAAGGAUGCUUGGGUUUGUAGGUAUUCAACCACAGUUCCACCAUCUUAAGUUAAGGAUGGAGAAAUUAAAUUAAAUCAUACUCAAAGGUUAAAAGGAGAUGUUUGUUUUAUUAUUAAGGUAUUUAAAUUCAAAAAUAAUAU